AUGCGAGGGUCGGAAGCUCGGCAACACUUUAGGAGGUACUACCACUUCCAUCGAGAUCACGACCACGACAUAGAGGAGUGCUUCCAACUCCGAGACGAGAUUAAAGCGCUUAUCCAUCGUGGGAUACUCAACCGGUUCGUACAGAACUGGCAUGAUGAAGGAGCACCAGUGGAGAACGCCGCGCCACCUGAAGAUCAAAACAAUAGCAGACCCAUUGCCGGCACCAUCAACGCCAUAGAAGGAGGCCCUGCCGAAGAAAGCUCGACUAAAGAACCUGCUAGGAAAGAAGCCCUCCUGAAGCAUCAACGCACAACAGAAGCCAUCUCGUUCUCGGAUGAAGAUUUAAAAGGAGUCGAAACUCCUCAUGAUGAUGUUGUGGUCAUCUCCCUUAUCAUGAAUAAGUUUGUUGUAAAACGUGUUCUGGUUGAUAAUCGAAGCUCUGCAAACGUAUUAUUCUACGAUACUUUUCAAAAAAUAGGAAUGACUGAGGACCAGCUUCGGAGAAUGAAUGUUCUAGUGGUCGGAUUCACUGAAAAUUUAGUCCCAGUCAAAGGAGUAGUCAGCCUACCUAUCACGGUCGAGCUCGCCCCUAGAGAGAGUACCGUGAAGAUGGACAUCCUAGUGGUCCGUAUGGCCUCGGUCUACAAUGUUAUUCUCAGCCGACCUGGGUUCAACGCCUUCUGGGCCAUAGUCUCAAUCUACCACCUGCUCAUGCGGUUCCCCACCAAACGAGGGGUUGGCGAAGUUCAAGGGGACCAAGCAAUGCUAUGUGGCGACCCUCAAAGCAAAACAACCGGCUGA